AUGUCUCCAGAGGAGUCCAACGUUCCGGUGUGGGAUCAGGCGGCUGGUGUUGAGGCGAACGCGGUCCUCCUAGCCUCUACCGCUCCUGGUGAAGAUCCUGUCGCGCCUUCGCCUGCUGUUGCGGCUGAGCUCGCGCCUGGUGGAGGGGAGGAUGAUGAAGAGGAUGAUGACGACGGUUACUUAAGCGACGACUCUGACGAAGGCAUCGAUGCGAAGACCAAAGGCGUGCUGGCGUCUAAGGCGCCCGUCACGCUGACGCUCAUGAUCCCGUUCGAGCUAGAGAAGGAGAUGCCUGCGGUGAAGCCAUCAGUGAAGGCUCUACUGGUCUACUUGCGGCCGAAGUUGUCGGAUAACGCUUUGGAUGGUCUCGCGUUUCAGGAGCUACUACCGACGUACCUAUCCCAUAUUCACUUCUGCCGUCUUCAAGUCACGCUCGCCACGGCUGCUAAUGCGGAGGUGGUGCGUCAGCACCGGGUGGAGCACGUCGUCGGAACCACGAAGCACCAUUUCGGUUGGCUGCACCCGGUCAACCGUGCUUUCAUGAAGGCGAAGAGCGAUCUGCCGGAGGGGGUGGAAGUUUUGCUUAAGGGGAUACCGGCGGAAAUCACACCGCUCAUUGUCUACGAGUCGCUGGUGGUCGCGUCGCUGCAGAAGCGCGGCCGCUCGGCGUUCCUGCAGGGAGCGGGGUUUCACCGCGUGGUUGACCCGGUCUCAGGGUUGGAUACUGAUAAGAUCCCGGCCUCCCUCCAUUCGGCAGGGGUGGUGAGGAAGAUCCUCCGGGACCCGGCGUUGGUCCUUAUCUCAACGGGAGCCAACGUGGAGGAGUGGCUCUGUGUUCAGGAGUGUUGCGAGUGUGCGCAUGGGGAUACCUUUGCCCAGGCAGCGGCUCACAUCGGUUCCUUCAGCCACAGUGCGGCGUUGGGGUCGGCGGGUGUUGCGACCCGACGCCUGGCGCGGGUAACCAUCGCAUGGCGCGGUGUGACGGUGACGGUUGUCGCGACUUACUUCCCGGCGAGCCCAACGGCGCGGUCUCCAUUUUUCCGCGAUCUGCUUAAGCCAUUCCUGGCAGCGAUACCGGCUGGGAGCCAUCUGCUGCUUCCAGGGGAUCUGAACAUCAUUGAAGAUCCUGCACUGGAUAAGACGUCAGGGCUGGGCUCAAGGGGGGAAAAUGACAGGUUAAUGACCAUCUGCAGCAGCUUCAAUGUCCGAGAUGCCUUCAGGGCGCUCCAUCCAUGUCUGCGAGAGUACACCUUUUACGCAACGGCGGUGCAGGAGAGUACGAGGAUUGACCGGAUUCUCCUCUCGAAUGCGCUGAUUCAUCAAAUCCAUGAUGUGCGGCAUGUGGGGUUGACCAAGAAGUCCACGGACCACUGGUCCGUGGUCCACCUGCAGCUCAGUGCGGUGGGAGACGGGGAGUUAGGCCCGGGGCUCUGGAGGCUUCCGGCGUCGCAAGUGCCGCGCCCUGGGGUGCAGCGGUGGGUGGAGCAGAUUAAGUCGCUGGACAAGCGUCUCUCCCUGGAGGACGUGGCGGCGCUCAGUGCGCCCUGGGAAGGGGCGGAGGUCAAACGUGCGCUGGCGGAGAUGGCGCCGGGCAAGACGCCGGGGCGUGAUGGUCUCCCGAAGGAGCUCUGGGAGUCGCAGUGGGACCUGCUUGGGGGACAGAUGAUGCAGUUUCUGAAGGACUUUGAACGGACGGGGGCACUCCCUAAGGAAUUCUCAACUGCUGUGACUGUGCUCCUGCAUAAGAAGGGUGCCAAGGAUGACUUGCAGAACUACCGCCCGAUUACGCUGUUAAGCACGGUGUACAAGCUGAUUGGAAAGGUGUUGGUGAACCGGAUAAAAAACAAGCUGGAGAGCGUGGUGUCAUCUGGGCAGUUCGACUUCUUACCCGGAAGGAGCAUCGCUGGCGCGGUGGCGGUUGCGGCAGACGUGAUUGAUGCUGCGAACGCAGGGCAGGAGGACUGGCUCAUGCUCCUGUUUGACUUCCGCAAGGCUUUUGACUCAGUGGCGCGUGGGUACCUGUUUGACGUGCUGCGAAAGAUGGGCUUCCCGGAGGCUUACGUGAAGUGGGUGGAGGGGCUGCAUCAGGGCGCAUCGACCCGUAUCUGCAACGAUGGCUCGCUGGGAGAGGAGGUCCCAGUCUCGACCGGGGUGAGGCAGGGAUGUCCCCUCGCGCCGUACUUGUUCCUGUGCGCGAUCGAGCCCUUCUACCAGGAGGCGAGGAGGAGGUGGUUAGGAAUCAACGUUAAGGAAGCAGGAAGACUGACAUACCUGGGGUACGCUGAUGACACUACCUUGCUGCUGAAUGGCCGUUCGCAGCUGGGGGACGCGGAGCUGCUGCUGAAGGAGUUUGAAAAGAUGUCAGGGCUGGCAGUCAACUGGGACAAGUCGGUGGUGCUGCCGCUGGGGAGGCAACGCGAUAUUCCACCGCCUGCGGAUGGGGCCUUCAAAUGGGCUUCGCGCGAUGACCCGGAGCGUCUGCUGGGGGUCUGGAUCACACCGGGAGGAGACGCAAAGCCGUCACGGAAGAGAGCUUUAAGCAGAAUGGAAGCAAAGCUGAAGAAAUGGGAGGCGAAGUUUCUUACCACUACGGCGCGUGUAACAGUGGUCAACGCGUAUGUCAUGCCCAUCGCGUUGUUCCAGGCGCAGAUUUACCCCCCGCCGGACACGAUUUGGGAGGAGCUGAGGAGAUUGUGCCACGCCUUUGUCUCCGGGGGACGUGCGAACUCGGAGUCGGGUUUCAUUCUCUGGAAUGGGGAUCUCAUGCAACUCGAAAGGGAGGAAGGGGGACUCGGGGUGAUAAACCUGAAGGACCGGCUGGAUGCUGAGGCGCUGCACUCGCUGGCGCAGCUGCUCACGGAGGAAAUGCCGCAGCGGCGGUUGUUGGCAGAGCGUGCGGCGGACUUCCCGCUUGGUUAUGCCUCCCUCCUCGCGCAUGAGGCGCUGCUUAAAGCCUACCCUUUUGGACGGCGCAAGGGGGAUGAGUGCCUCCAUGAGAUUAUGGUGGGGGGCCUGCUCAUGAAGUGGGCAGAUGGCACCAGACGCUGGAAAUCAUCAGACCGUCUAGCCCGUGACUUGGGCAGCAAGCAGGCAGCAGAAACAGCCAUGGCGGUCAAGGAGGCGCUAAGUGACGACUGGAAGGCGCGGGUCUUGAAGCCGCUCACGUCGGAUGAAUUGGCAGAAGCCACAACGGUGGUGAGAACGACGACGAGAGGGAUAAAGAUGUGGAAGGUCCAAAAAGCCCGCGGCAGCCUGCUCUAUUGCGUAAAGAUGUGCCUGCACGAGGACGGGAAGUCGUGGUUCGUGCCUGAGGGAGCGAGGGUUAAGGCGCUGUCCGUGUCGGAAGUCACGCCGAUGGCGGUGAUGGGGGGCAAGGUGGUCGGGGAGCUGGGCGAGCCGCGCAGCAGGCUACUAAAAUCGGAGCUCUGCGUGGGUAAGCUAGCGGCCUCACUGAAGCAGCUGAGAGAAGGACUGGGGGUGAGGCGCAAGCAGCCGGUCAAGUUGUCUCGUCGUUCAGAGUGGGAGCAACUGUGGGGGAAGAAAAUUGACUGGAAGCGGGCGAUUGCGCGCAGAGACUCUCAUGUGGUCCCCGCAAAGGCGCGGGAUGUCCUGCUGCGAGCCCACUGUUUCAACCUGCAGGUGGGGGAUCGCUUGAAGUUCUUGGGGGAGCGGGCGAAAUGCCCGCACUACGGGGAGGCAGAGUCGGUGGACCAUGCAUUGUUCUCCUGCCGGGUUAUUCAGCCGGUGGUGGGGGCUCUCAAGGAUGCGAUUCGCUGGUUCAACCCAGCGCGGAGGGCGGUGACCUGCUAUUCCAGCGCGGGGGAACUGCUUCCGGUCUUCCGGAACUGA